AUGAAGCUGCUGCUGCUGCCGCUGUCACCCCAGCAGUGCGUCGGGCCCCACGGGGACGCUGGCACCGCGCUGCCCUGCCUGCCCCAGGCAAAGCAGGCGAGUGCCCGGCAGCAGGCAGUGGAGCUCGGCGUGCCCCCAGAGCCCCACUCCCUGGGCACACAGCCAUGCGGAGCAUCUCCCUCUGCAGAGAGCCCAGGGUACUGCCCCCGCAGCAGCAGUGCCAUCGGAGCAAGCUGCGGGACGAGCUGCCACAACGACUCCGCAUGCCACCCCGGGGAGAAGUGCUGCACCCACGGCUGCUGCGCCCACUGCGUGCCUGCUGAGCCAGCCAAACCUGGGCUGUGCCCACGGAAGCGUGCCCAGCGUGGCGCUGCCGCCUGCCCCAACCGCUGCGCUGACGACCGCGACUGCGGCGGCGACCACAAGUGCUGCUUCUCCGGCUGCGGGCUGGGCUGCGUCCCGCCGGGCACAGUCAGCCGCCGUGCCACAGCGAAGCCCGGCGUGUGCCCCGCGGUGCUGCGGGGCUCCCUGGGCCCCUGCCUGGAGCUCUGUGACACCGACGACGACUGCCCCGGGCACGCGAAGUGCUGCACCACCGGCUGCGGCCACGACUGCAAGCCACCCGCUGAAGUGCGGCCCGGGCUCUGCCCCCCCGCGGCUGCUGGUGGCCAGGCGGCUGCGUGCCCCCUCCUGUGCCUGCAGGACAGCGACUGCCCCCUCGGCCACAAGUGCUGCUUGCAGGACUGCGGCCGGGCGUGCGUCCCCCCGCUCAGGGCACAGCCUAGCCCUGGCCAGGAGGGGCAGUAGCUGCCACUUCGGGGCACUCCUCAGCCUGCUGCCAUCAUACCCCCGGGUGGACACCUGCCACCACUUGUACCCAUGCCUGCACCAGACCCUCUGCACUGCCAUCGAGAGGCCACCAGCGUCGCUCUGACAGCUCCUGGCUCCCCGCAGCAUGGGCAGGGAGGCAAAUCCCUGCCCCUCCGCAGCUGCUUCUCAGCUCUGGAACAGAAUAAACCAGCCCAUGGCCACCUCCU